GUAGAAGUUGCUCGAGUCUCGCUCCCAUCAUCUACACCAGCUCCUCUCUCAGGGAAACACAAAGUAUUGUUAGCUCUUUCUAUAGCAAUAAACUUAGACACAUUAUCGGCACGGUUCUAGAGCUGACACACACACUCUCACUCUCUCUCACUCUCACUCUCUCUCUCUCUCUCUCUCUCUCUCUCUCUCUCUCACACACACACACACACACACACACACACACAGCGGUGCUAUGGCGUUAAAAAGAAUACAGAAGGAGCUUCAAGAUUUGCAAAGGGACCCUCCUGCACAAUGCUCAGCUGGACCUGUCGGAGAUGACCUGUUUCACUGGCAGGCAACAAUAAUGGGACCUACUGACAGUCCGUACCAAGGCGGCGUCUUCUUCCUUACCAUCCACUUUCCCACAGACUACCCCUUCAAGCCUCCGAAGGUAGCAUUUACAACCAAAAUCUAUCACCCCAACAUAAACAGUAACGGAAGUAUUUGCCUGGACAUCCUGAGGUCACAGUGGUCCCCAGCACUAACGGUUUCGAAAGUUCUACUGUCCAUAUGCUCCUUGCUCUGCGACCCAAACCCUGAUGACCCGUUAGUCCCAGACAUAGCACACAUCUACAAAUCAGACAAAGAGAAAUACAACAGACUAGCAAGAGAAUGGACCCAAAAGUAUGCAAUGUGAAGACUUAAUGGACAUUUUUUUAAGUCACAGAUCACUGUCAAUUCUAGUAUCUAAAAAAAAACAGAGAGAGAGAGAGAACUUAGGUUAUAUUCUUAAACACAUUGUAUUGAUAACCAUCCAUUAUCUGCAAUGACCAAUAAGGAUAGCUGAACUAGUAUUUCAGAGGGGAGCGUUUUCUUUUGCACAAAACAGAAAACCAUUAUUCAGUCUGUGCGUUUUUGCCCCCUCUGCCCCCCCCCCGCCCCAUUCCCCCCUCCUCCAGGCGGUGUCGGGGCACUUUCUGCAUUUUCUUUAUCCUUAUUCGCGAUCGUAUUUAAGAUUGGCAUGCCGUUGUACAGCUGUAGUUACCCCAGGAGAGGGGAAUUAACCGACUUCUCGUUCAAUCAAGUUCAUUUUCUUUAGAUAUUUUUACUGUAUAGUUAAAUUGCAACUAUACUUGAUUUUUUUUUCCAUUAAAAUUUGUUUUAAAAUGA